AUGAGUCCGCAGGAGGUGCGAAUGAGUGCUCCGCAGUUAAACAAUGGCAUCAGAGCCCGAGCCACUCCUCUCGUCCUUGGAAAACUCGAGCAGCUCUCCUCCUCAAGCGACCUGAUGCCAUCGAACAAUUUUUUCCAGGGGACGGCCCCUUCGCUUCAAGCCCAAUGGUCCAACCCCAGCGACAUCUUCACAAUCCUCAUGAUCAUUGGAGGCGACACGGUGCAUGCAGCUCUCGCACAAGUGUGCGCAGGUCCAAUCCCCAAUCUGGCGCCGGCAUCUUUCUCUUUCGGCUGUGUCUCCUAUGCAGUAUCUGCCAUGCGUUCUGCAGUCGGUCACCACCGUCUGAUGCCCGCACCUGAUUUCGCCUGCAAGAUUAUCAACUUGAAUACCGGCUAUGCGCGUACCAAUCAUUCAUGGAUCCUUUCCCGUUUGCUUCGCGACUUCGAGUACUGGUGUGGCGAUGCGUGCAAGGAGUCGAAACGGGAGAAGAUCCAUGAGAUGAAGCGAAAAGGCAAGGGUGACCAGAGGCCAUUACGCAUCAGCUUCUGGUCCUGUAUGAACGAGUCACACAUCUUGGAAGGCCGCGGUGAUCGGGCUUACUGGAUUGGCAUCCUCGUUAGCUUGGUCCAGAUCGGAAUCUCCACCAUUCCCUGGGCUUUAUGGAACGAAUGGAGCAUCUGCCUUUUUACGAUUGCCGGCACCGUGCUGGCAUAUUGCAAUGGACUGUCCUCGCAAUGGUCUGAGGAAAAAAGUGGCAAUCGGGCGCUUAGCCAUCGACAGCGAUUUUGCUUGACAGUCGGCAAUGGAGUCGAUGAGGCCAUUGUAAUCGAAUGCGAGAAAGGCUCGGUCAACUUAGAGGCCUUGGCUGGUCCUCAAGUCGUUGUCAGCCACCCGCUUUGGACUAGGACUUGGACGUUCAUCCUUGCCUUCUUAUGGAUUGUCUUUUUGGUUUCAGUCGCAGGCUGGCAGCAGCAUACGUGGUUCCUGAUCGGAGUUGGAAUAAGCGGGAUGAUACACAACACUCUUGUCUCCGGGAUGCCAAGGACGCCAUCAGCAUGGGGGCUUCAACUUGAGCUACGUGAGGUCUUCAUUGCAGACAAGACGAUGGAGACUUUGGUGAGCUUGGAGGAAUACAGUCCAGGCGCUGGGCGUGUGAUGCUGGCCGAAUUCUUCCCUGGUGAUCUCUGGCCUCGCGAGGAGCGAUUCUGGAAGUACGCACGACGUCGCGAGAUGGCACGUAAAAGAGACCGACAUGACCCUGAACCAUGGGCUAUGCCACCCUUGCGUCGGCCAGACGGGCGUUCAAAUGACGAUGACAUACCAGAGGUCGGGCCAUACCGAGCGGCAGAGAAGGUUCGCCCUCAGCUUGAUUCAGCGCAGAGUACUUAUCGGCCUUUGCAAAGGGACAUGGCUUGA